AUUUCUUCAGCUGCUAUAUAUAUGUCUAGCAAAAUCAGGGCUCCAGCGGAGUCGCUGAGCAUCAUUAGCUUUCUCAACUCUGUCUCGUCUGCUUAGCAGAUCUUGUUCUCUACAGUUUCUUCUUGGCUUUUUGUUGUUUUGCUAACUUUUUAUGCCAAACGGAUCAAGAACACGAACAGCUGGAAGUGGUGAUCCCAAUGAUGCAGCUGCUGACUCCUUCUAUCAAUUUUUUGAAGGAUGGCUUGUGCGCCAGGAACACUUCCUCGACGAACUCAUCUCCGUUGAGCAACAUUGCCACGAAUCCCGAGAAGAGGAUCUCAAAGACCUGAUCAAUCGAGUCCUAUUCCAUUACGAACAGUACUAUGAAGAAAAAUCUCGAAUCGCUCAACGGAAUAUCUUCCUCGUCUUUUCUCCCUAUUGGUUCACCCCUUUGGAGAGCAGCUUCCUUUGGAUCGCGGGAUUCAAGCCUGCACUCGCUUUUCGUGUAAUCAAUGAGUCGGUCAACGAUUUAUCUGGAGAACAGAGUCAAAGGAUAAGUAGGUUAAUUGAGGAAACCAAAGUGAGUGAGAGAAUGAUGAAUGACGAAUUGGCGAGAAUUCACGAGAGCAUAGCGUCACCGCCGUUGCUUGAUUUGGCGAGGCGGAAAGGACGGAUGGAUGAUGUCAACGAAGCCGGGGAUCAGUCAGCGAUCGAGACGCUUGGUUCGACCUUGGAGUCGCUGGUGGCUAGGGCGGAUUUAUUGAGGACUGACACGGUGUCCAAAUUGGUGGAGAUACUAAAUCCAGUACAAAAUGUUAAAUUCCUGACGGCAGUGACUCAACUUUACCUCAGGAUCCGGAAUUUGGGGCAGAGGCAUGGCCAGAGUCGGAGAUCAAAAUGAAGUCCGGAGAGCGCGCCUCAAUUUUUCGCUUCCAUUGAGUCCUCGAUGAUGAAUGUGCGCAUGGAAUGACACAUGAAGAUAUAUUAUGGUUGAGCAGAAAUAAUUUGUAAUUAAAAAAUUUCUAAUUUAGUUUUUUUUGGCAAUCUAUAUGAUCUUAUUGUUAUUUCUAUAAAAUAUGGUCAUUA